AUGGCAUCCAGAGGAAAGCGUCGUGCAGAGCCUGCAGAAACAGAGAAGAAGAGCCUCGUAAUUUUCGAAAAAUUCCAAGCGGUGUCCUCAGAUGAGCUGGGAGCACUUGAUACCAGCAACAUCAUCACUGGCGGCCGCAGAACGCGCGGAAUCCGCGUAGACUACACAAAGGUUGAAGGGUUCAACCAGCUGGAUGAUGACGACGAUGAAGAAGAGGAGAAACCCAAGAAAAAGAGCAGGAAGGGCAAGGAGAUUGCUCCCGCUUCAAGCUCCAGUUCGAAAAAGAAAGUGGAGCCUCCUAAACCGACGAAGGGAAAAGCACCCACGUCGAAAACAUCUCGGAGAGUCGUGUCAGACGAAGAGGAGGAAGAGGAAGAGGCCGAUAAUGAUGAUGAGGAUCCAGAUGAGGGUGGUGGCGACGAAGAUGAGGAAUAG